GGUGCUGCUGUGGAUUGUAUUCGAGAGGGAAGUUGUCUGAAUGCAGUCUAGUUUGGAGUAGCUCUGACCUGAAACAUGUUAAAAUCCAAAACCUUCGUAAAAAAGACCCGGUCGGGAGGGGUAAUGAAGAUAGUCCGGGAACAUUACCUGAGAGAUGACAUUUGGUGUGGAAGCGAAUUUUGUGUUGAGUGCAAGCAGGAUUCUACCGUGCUGCAGCAAGAUGCUUGUAUUGAAAGCAACUUGUUAUCAUCCCCCCACUACCUCAUUCCCGAUACAAACGUGGUGUUACAUCAGAUCGAUAUUCUGGAGGACCCGUUGAUCAGGAAUGUGAUCAUUCUUCAGACAGUUCUGCAGGAAGUCAGACACAGGAGCGCUCCAGUCUACAAGAGAAUGAAAGAUGUCAUCCAUGAUAAGGAGAAACAUUUUUACACUUUUACUAAUGAACACCACAGGGAAACAUUCAUAGAACGGGAGCAGGCAGAAAGUGCCAAUGAUCGGAAUGACAGAGCGAUCCGUGUGGCAGCUAAGUGGUACAGCGAACACCUGAAAAAUGCUCCAAAAGCAGAAGAACUGAAAAUAGUUUUACUGACGAAUGACCGGGCGAAUAAGGAGAAAGCAGAAGAGAGUGGCCUGGUCGCGUACAAAUGUGAAGAGUACAUCAAAAGUUUAAUAGCCAAUCCUGAACUGGUGGACCGUCUUGCGCUGACUUCAGACGACCAGAAUGAAAUCACGACCAGCAAGCUUCUUUUCCCGGAGCACCUGCCUCUCUCCCGGAUACAGGCGGGGAUCAAGAGCGGCGGCUUCCUGCAGGGUACCUUCCGCGCAAGCAGAGACAACUACCUUGAGGCCACUGUCUUUGUCCAUGGCGAAGGCGAGGAAAGCACAGAGGUUCUGAUCCAAGGCCUGCAGAACCUGAAUCGGGCGGUGCACCAAGACGUGGUGGCUGUGGAACUUCUGUCACGGGACCAGUGGGUGGCACCCUCCUCUGUUGUGCUGCAAGACGAGGGUCCAAAGGAGGAUGACAAGGAAGAGGAGGCAGAAAAUAUGCUGAAGUGUGAAGCCAAUGAGGCGAUGCUGAAACCCACUGGGAAGGUGGUGGGCAUCAUAAAGCGGAACUGGAGGCCGUUCUGUGGGAUGCUAUCUAAAUCACAGAUUAAAGAGGCAACAAGACACUUAUUUACCCCUGCUGACCGCAGAAUCCCCAGGAUCCGAAUAGAGACCCGGCAAGCUGCUGCCCUGGAGGGACAGAGGAUCAUGGUUGCUAUUGACGGAUGGCCCAAGCAUUCCAGAUACCCAAAUGGCCAUUUUGUGAGGAACUUGGGGAGUGCUGGAGACAAAGAGACAGAGACUGAAGUGCUGCUUCUGGAACACGACGUUCCACACCAGGCCUUUUCUCAAGCUGUUCUCAGUUUUCUACCCAAGAUGCCGUGGAGCAUCACAGAGGAGGAUAUGAAAAACCGCAUUGAUUUGAGACACCUAUGUGUGUGCAGUGUGGAUCCUCCAGGAUGUACAGAUAUUGACGAUGCGCUUCAUUGUCGAGACCUGGAGAACGGAAAUCUAGAGGUUGGUGUCCACAUAGCAGAUGUCAGUCAUUUCAUCCGCCCUGGAAAUGCUCUGGAUCAAGAGGCUGCAAGCAGGGGCACCACUGUGUACCUGUGUGAAAAGAGAAUUGAUAUGGUUCCUGAACUGCUGAGCUCCAACCUCUGCUCUCUGAGGUCCAAUGUAGACAGGUUGGCGUUUUCUUGCAUAUGGGAAAUGAACCACAAUGCUGAAAUUCUCAACACUCGGUUCACCAAAAGUGUUAUAAACUCCAAGGCCUCUCUUACAUACGCGGAGGCCCAGAUGAGAAUAGAUGACACCAGCAUGAAUGAUGACAUCACCAAGAGCUUACGUGGGUUAAACAAACUAGCAAAGAUCCUAAAGAAGAAAAGAAUUGAAAACGGGGCACUGACCCUUUCCUCCCCAGAGGUGCGAUUCCACAUUGACAGUGAGACCCAUGACCCGAUUGAUCUCCAAACCAAAGAGCUUAAGGAGACAAACUCCAUGGUUGAAGAAUUCAUGUUGCUGGCAAACAUUUCUGUAGCACAGAAGAUAUACGAUGAGUUUUCAGAGUGUGCGCUUCUCAGGAAACAUCCAGCACCACCUCCGUCUAACUAUGACAUUCUGAACAAGGCAGCCAAUUCUAAAGGCCUUGUCAUUCGGACCGAUUCAGCAAAGGCCCUUGCAGAUUCACUGGAUGAGGCCAAGGUGGACGGUUUUGCCUACUUCAACACCCUGCUGAGGAUCCUCGCCACCCGCUGCAUGAUGCAGGCUGUAUAUUUCUGCUCUGGCAUGGACAGCGACUUCCACCACUAUGGCCUGGCCUCCCCUAUCUACACCCACUUCACAUCGCCCAUCAGGAGGUAUGCUGACAUUAUAGUGCACCGCCUGCUGGCGGUGGCUAUAGGAGCAGACUGCACGUACCCUGACCUGAUGGACAAACACAAGCAGUCGGCUCUCUGUAAUAACCUUAACUAUAGACACAAGAUGGCUCAGUAUGCACAGAGGGCCUCUGUUGCCUUCCACACACAGCUGUUUUUCAAGAACAGAGGCAUUCUUAACGAAGAUGGCUUCAUUCUCUUUGUGAGGAAGAAUGCCAUCAUCAUUCUCAUCCCAAAGUUUGGCCUAGAGGGCACUGUGUUUUUUGAGAAUAAAGACAAACCCAGUCCUCUUCUGAUCUUCAAUGAGGAGGCACCCACUCUGACAGUGGAAGAUCAUACUUUCCACAUGUUUGACAAAGUGAAAGUGACCAUCAGCCUGGACUCCUCUAACAUUCAGCAUCAGAAAAUAAGAAUGGCUCUUAUAGAACCAGUGAUUCCAGGGGUCAGCGUUGCCAUACCUGAGGGUGAACCAGAAGCAAAGAAGGCCAAACUUGACCGCUAAAAUGAGUGGCUCACCAUUCCCCGCUCACCCUCUGAAAAACGUUAACAUCUUUACAUGAGACAUUCAUCUGAAACAUUUUUAUGGAUAUUUAUGUCAUGGGAAAUGUUUGAUACUGAUGCGUAUAAUUGAAAAUAAC